GGUGCGGCGGGGCGGGGGGCGGGCCGGGGGCGGGCCGGGGGCCGCGGCGCGGCCGUCGGGCCCGGCGCGCCGGCUUGGGGGCCGGGGAGGACCAUGCACCGCGCUGCCUCCAACCAGCGCUCGGUCUCCUCCUCCUCGGGCUCCUUCCAGCCGCCGCCGCCGCCGCCGCCGCUGCCGCACGCCGCCGACCGGCAGCCCCUCUUCCCGGGGGGCUCCAGCAGCGGCGGCAGCCGGCGGGGCUCGGGGUCGAGCUCGGGCUCGGCGCGGGCCCGCCGCCCCCGCAGCCCCCGCAGCAGCAGCAGCACCGAGGAGGAGGAGGAGGAAGAGGAGGAGGACAGCAUCAGCAUCAGCAAGCCCCUAGUGCCGCCGCCCGCCGCCCCGCUGCCCGCCGCCGCCUCGCCGCUCCCCAGCAUCAGCAGCAGCAGUAGCAGCGGCGGCGGCGGCGGCGGCGGGGGGAGCCCGGGCCGCAGCAUGACGGCGGCGGAGCUGUACGGGGCGGCGGCGGCGGGCGGCGGGGCGGCGGGCGGCGGGGCGGCGGCGGGGGCGCUGCUGGGGCCCGGCGGGGCGGCGGGCGGGCGGCGCUGGGGCUUCCAGGCGCUGUCCCUGGUGCUGCUGCUGGGGCAGGGCGCGCUGCUGGACCUCUACCUGAUCGCCGUCACCGACCUGUACUGGUGCAGCUGGAUCGCCACCGACCUGGUGCUGGCGGCCGGAUGGGGCAUCUUCUUCUGCCGCAACAGCCGGGCCCGCCGCCGGGAGCGGCCCCCGCCUCCCCCCGGGCCGCCGCCGCCGCACCCCCUGCUGCUGCACGGCCCCCCCGGCGGCCGCGGGGCCGGUGGCCGCGGGGCCGGCGGCCCCCCCCGCGGCGGCGACUUCGCCUACGCGCACCUCGCCUGGCUCAUCUACUCCAUCGCCUUCACCCCCAAGGCGGCGCUGAUCCUGGGCACCUCCAUCCUGGAGCUGAUCGAGCUGCGCCUGCCGCUGGGCACCACCGGCUUCCGCAUCACCCUGGCCCUCUCCGCCCCGCUGCUCUACUGCCUGCUGCGGGCCAUCGGCACCGAGGGCUCCGGGCAGCUGCUCCUGCCGCCGCAGCCGCCGCCGCAGCACCGCGCCGCCGCCGCCUUCCUCGCUACCUGCCUCGACCUGCUCGACAGCUUCUCCUUGCUGGAGCUGGUGCUGCAGCCCGGGCGGCCGGCGCCGCUGCCUGCGCCGCUGCGCUACCUCCUCAUCGCCGUCUACUUUCUCUGCCUGGCCUCGCCGGUGCUGUGGCUCUACGAGCUCAGCGCCGCCCGCCCCCCCGGAGCCGCCCGGCUCGCCCUCCACCUCCUGCUCCCGGCCGGGCUGCUGGACGCCCCGCUCCUGGCGCUCCGCUGCCUCCUGCUCCUGCGCUACCAGCAGCCGCUCUCCCUCUUCAUGCUGAAGAACCUCUUCUUCCUGGCCUGCCGCGGCCUGGAGGCGCUGGAGACCUGCUGCCUCCUCCGCCCCGCCGCCACCCCGCCGCCCGCCAAGUACGGCCCCGCCGCCGCCGCCCCCGCCGCCGCCGCCCCGCUGGCCCACGGGCUCUCCGACGCCGACGUGGGCCCCCACGGGUACGUGAACGCCUUGGCGGUCACCGCCCAGGGCUGAGCCACCCUUACGGCCCCGGCCGCCGCCCCCGGAGGGGCUCCCGCUGCCUCCGGGUCCGCUCCCGGCAGAGUCUCUCUGCGUUUCUGCUCAGGUUCCCGCCGCCGUGGCUGAGCAGGGGAAGGGGACGCGGGCUGUCCCGUCGGACUCUCGCUCUCCUCCUUCCCUUUCCCACGGACAAAUGCAUCAGCGCAAACCCGACUACCUGCAGGAGCCUACGGCUGACACUUGUCCCUGGAAAACGCACCUGCCCUUCACCACGAGUCUUCUUCUAGUGCUUCUGCCUCUCCGCACUGUUUGGAGGGUCCCACUCUUCCCCUCCCACUCCCCACCAGGACAUCGUCUUGCUUUGUGACCAUAAAGGUUUAGUUUUUCCUUUUCCUCGUAAACAACAGGGACCAGUGGUUUUUUGUCCCCUCCUUUAAGAACUCCUGCUGACCACAAUGCUGAGAUGUGAGGGGGGGUCUGACCAGCAGAGACGUGCCUUUGAGGUGUGGGCAGGACCAAAGGGAGCACGCGUUGGUUUCGCUGGGUCCUGCAAAGCUGCCACCUCCGCUUCCCAGCAGCAGAGCUGCAGAGGGUCUUUGCAUGCCAGCUGGAGAACCUCCGGGAGCACGCUGGCCGUCUGGUCAUUUCAAGCCUAGGAGCCACUUUCUCCAAGCUGAAAAUGUCUACCUCUGUGCUUCAACCUUUUGCAUCUUACGUUGAUUUCACACCUGAACUGUGUAAAUCCAGCAUGGACAUAAUCUAGGGGCUUCGACCCCAUUUCACUGCCACCAAGACAUUUCUUUCUGGUGAGAACAGGGUUUACAGUAGCCUAUUGUUUGCUUCAGGCAGCAGCACCCAGGUGUUGGGGCUCUCAUUUCUCUGUGAAUAUGCAUGUUUAUGGGAUCAGUGUUGGUUUUCUUUUAUGCAGAGUGUAGGGUCUCUCUUUCCACAGGCUGGGAAAGCUUUCCGCUGGCCCUCCCUCCAUGUCUGUCUGUGAGAACAGAGAUGGAGCUAAGUCUGCAAACUGCCCCCACCCCCCGCCCCCGCCAUCUCAACCAACAGGGCAGAGGAUGUCAGUGUGUCAGUGCUGCUCGGGGGUGGGCCGUGUGCUUGGUGAACCUCCCUCCUCAGCACAGAGCUCCGGAGCUUUGCCGAGAGCCCCCACACCAGCAUCCUAUCCUCCAUGUGCACGUGGUUAAGGGUGGAUGGGGAAAAAGUUAGUUGCUAGUAACCUCUCAUAGAAACAGAGUUAUCUUUGGUUUUAAGCUCCAUCAGUGUUCAGUGGGGGUUAAGGCCUGCUCUUCUGCCUGGCUGCGGUUGCUCCUGAAACCAGCCAAAUGGAAGCAGGAGCACAGAGGCCACGUUUGGAGGAAGGACUUUGCCCCUCCCAGGCUUAUAUUUUGUCAUCUGGGCAAGGCCGCAUUUAUUGGGAAAAAGUGUUUCCUGUCCUGAGCCUUUUUUCAAGCUGUCCUGAUGGGACAGGGAAAUAAAGCACAACCAACUGCUACCCAGAGCCAACAGCAGGACUGCGGGGACAGCCCAGACUUCUCCAGCGCACACAUCCAUUCUCUCCUUCAGGGCUUCAGGAGGACCUGCAUUGGACAAGCCUCCACUGCCUGCUCCACUGGACUCGCUACAACAAAAUGUUUACAGUCUGGUAACUUCCAGCUCCCGCUGGCAGAAGCCGGGGGUGCCACGGGGCUCUUCUCCCCCAGCUCUCGGGUGGCCAACGAGCUUCGAGGGGCUCAAAAAGCCCCUAGAAAGAAGGGGGCUGUUCUGUUCCAAGCUGCAGCGAGGAUGGGUGACUUGCUGCUCUCCCCAUGCCAAACGGAGAGCCAGCAAAGGCUUGGAUUAACUCUCCCAACCAGUGCUUUAUUUUUAACCUGAGCCCUCACGCGGGCAAUUGUGUGAAUUUUGGCCAGUGGCCUUUCUCUUCAGUAACUUCUUUUUGUCUGGACAAUCUUGGUGCUGUAGUGACUGUGAUUGUAAAACUUGGUACUGUGAACUUUUCCUAUGUGAUGUGAGAUGUGUCAAGGGGAUGCUAUGUUCCUGGCCAAAGGAGGUGUUAAUUACAGGUAUUUUAUGCUUGUACAGAUACUUGUUUCCUUGCACCUUCCUUUUUCAGCAUUAAACAGAUAGUAAAGGCUCAGAAAGAGCUACAGGAUUAUUCAAGAGAGAAAGAGAUGAUACCUGUACCUAGGAGUACUCCAUGCUUCAGUUAAACAGCUGAAGAAAUAAGAAAAAAAAAAAAACAACAAAAAAUCCCACAACAAACUUUGCCAAAAACAAGGUGAAGGAAAAGCUAUUCACCCCCAACUACGUUUUACUGCUCCUAUGGCCAAAUUCACGAUAGCACCAAAGUGCUUAGAACAUCCCUAAUAGACUGAAGCAUAGGCAUAGUUGAGACACUGGAAGAAUCACAGCAGAAUUAUGAACAAGUCUUACUUCAGUACCCCUGUCAUAGCACAGAAAGCUGCUGUUUCAACAGCGAGUGCCUUUUUCCAUUUAAGACAUUAUUGAGAAAAUGGCAUAUUUGAAAUGUAUCUAGCCAUGGCAUAUUCAAACCAUUGAGGGUGAAAUCACAGUUCAAAUUGGACUCAAAUCUUGCUUCUUGCUUGGACUCAAAUUGCGUCAAAUUCAUGGACGCAAAGAUUGCCCGGGACAGAUGACCCCGCAAAGCAACGCCUCUGUUGUGUAGAACUCCUUUGUAGAAACAGAGGCUGUAGUGCCAUGGUUUCUAGGUUUAGUAAAUGUGCUGUUUGGAGAGCGUAAAGCUUUUGUAGUAGUUGGCUGUACAGAAGCCCCUUUGCAACUAGAAGGGCAGCUCUGCUGCCACUUCAGUUACUACAGGGAAGCGUUUAAAGUUCUUCAGUGUCUUGUUUAUAAGCCCGCUCCUCCUUUUGAAUUCCCUUCUCUUUGGUAAUUGAGCUCUCACUUCCAUUUAAACCUUUCUGCCCCAUAAUAGAUCCAUUUGCAGAAGAGAGAGACAGCGGUACCAUUAAAGUGCAAACAAUACCUCACCCGAUGCACCUUGCACACCUACUUUAUAUUCUGCCACCAUUAAAUUACUGGUCCAGGUAAAUAACACUUUGCUCAACAAAGUUGUGCCAUACUGAGACAUACGUCCCUUGGGAUCCUGUUACAAGCCUUGUAACACAACUCAGCAAUUUAGCAUUUUACUGCUCUCUGUUUGCUACCCUGACAAGAGAGAUGACUACUCCCAGGAGGGGAAAGUGAAGUGAGAGAUAAGGCCUGUGGCCAAUGGACACUUGGCAUCCCCCCGGCAUUAAUCAGAACUUGUAUUUUUUAAAAAGCAAGAUUGUUAAAAUAAAAUUAGAAACUCGU